UCUUUCAUUAUUAUACAGACCAAGGAAGAGAUCUUAACACGAUUAUCAGUCCUAUUAGGCAGUCAGUACGAACGCAUCGUCCAGUUCGCAGAGUCCAUACCAGGCUUUGGAGAAUUUAGUAAAGAGGACCAGAGAAUUUUACUACAAAUUGGGGGUCUAGAGGUUAUUCUGUUGCAGUUAUCUCAAAUCUAUGACCACAAGUCAAAGUUACUAAGAAUGUGGGAAGGGAUGUGGCUAUCACCUGAACAAGCCAGAAAACUUACAAGUGACUUCAAUCUAGCAGUGUUCUUUGAGCUUCUGUUCAGCCUGGCAGAGAGCCUUCACGGGAUGCAUCUCAGAGAAGAGGACAUCGCUGUCUUCUCUGCACUCCUGCUUCUUGCCUCAGAUCUACAAGGACUGAAACAGAAGAUGCAGGUGGAAGCCCUGCAAGACAAAGUACUCAGCGGCUUUGCCUACAUGCUGUCUCAGAACCAUCGCUGUAAGCCCAAUCUCCUACCCCAGGUUCUCAUGUGUAUGCCAACCCUGCGAACCAUCAGCACCAGCUAUCUGGAGCUGACAGCAGUACCACGUCACACCAUGGUGGUGCCGCCACCACCGGACUCGACAGCCAUGGCAAUGAGACUGUUCUGAAGUCGAGGGAAUGAACUAGAUAGGUAGAUAGUAUGUGUGUUGAUCAGAGGAGCCUUCAAAGACUACAAAGAUAUUGGGUAACAUCAUCUGUGGGCCGGGAUUCAUCCAUGGAGGGCAACACACUGAUGUGGUUAUCAGGUAGCAGGUUUGUUCAAAAGAUGGAUGGGAUCUGUCUUGGAGCAGUGUCCAAGAUAUCGUGAACAUUGGUGUAUAGAGGUGAAGGCAAAUGCCAUGUGGUUCACCAGAGCUUUGGAUUCCUGGUUGGACGAGUGAGGAAUCCCAAGAACAGGUCAUAGGAAUUCUGCAGAGAAGCCAUUGUUGUGCACACUCAGAAAAAUCCCUCUGUCAAGCAGAAUCUUCACAAGAAGUCUUUGCUGUACCCAAAGGUACAAUGCACUGGCAUUGUCUGAAAGGCCACCUUGUUGAAGCUGUAAUGUUGAAGCUUAGUCGACUGCUUAGCAUCAUGGUGGCUUCGGAGUUUGAAAAAAAGUGGAGGACAACAGGAAAUGCACCAACUUCAGACUUGGAUGAAUAUCAGCUGGUCUGCAUCCAAUUAACUAACUCUAGGAACAUUCAUGACCUAAUUGGUCGCCAUAAGGUAAGAAGGAGUCUUACAUAAGGUUCCUAGGAGGUCUCUCUUCCAAGUUCUUCAGACGUGGGCAUUGGGAUCACUGUUGCAUUUGCAUAUGAGGAUCACGUUCAAGUACUGCAGGGUUGGACAUCGCAUGGAGAAAGCCCUGGCAGAACUUUAUCACUACCAGAUCUUAAGAGCAUGUUUAAAGGAAAAGAAGGGCGUGGUGUGAUUUAUCUUCUCAAGAUGAGAUAUCAUUUGUUAACAGUGAUGAUUGAAGGUUUGAGUCUGCAAAGUAGUACUGAAUCAUCAACCCCAGGUUAUGCUCUCAGCAGCACUGGGUUUUACUUCUUCACAAUGGAUAGGCGAUUUUUCAAGUUGAAAGUCUGAUUUUUAUGCAUAGAUGUGUGAUUUUGAGCCCGAAAGGGCUUUGUAAGCAAUAGAAAACAGAAAGAAUUCAGGCCAUUCUGAAAGUGUGUUGAUGUAAGCCAGUGCCCUUCUAGCACCAAUAAGUCAGUGAUAUGUAAGAUGAAGAAAGUUUCAUGUGUGAUGAUUGUUUCAAUUGGAGCCAAGUGCGACCACUUUUUUGUCAGCACAGCACAAAUGCACAGAAAGGGAGCAGGGUAGAAAUGUCUUCUUUGGGGGAAAAGCAAAGAAUUAAGUCCUUUCAACCAUGGUGAGGUAUCAUCAUAAACAACCUUAAAACAUAUUGGGAGAUAAAUCAAUUCCAUUCUGAGAGGAUAAAAAUUUACUUCAGUAAGGUAUUGAAUUCUAAUUCUUAAGAUGAACAUGGAACAGAACAUUUUAAUUGUGUAUUGGGAGCACUUAAUAUGUAGCUAUUCAACACCUUGUUUUAUUUCACUUGGUGCACCUUAAUUUUCCGGUUAAUUUUGUUUUUACUAAAAAAAAUUUUGCUGAUUUGACAAUGUAGUUCUAUUCAAGGAUAUUUUUAGAAUUCAAGAUUAGAUUAAGAGAUGCAGAUUAUGUUGCACGUGGCAGACAAUAAAUUCUAUCAAAAAGACAUCUUUAUUUUGUGUUCAUCCUAAGACUUUUAAUAAGAUCAAGAAUCAAUGCCCUUUUUUCUGAUUUGGUUCAAAAACUUUGAAUGAUACUUCUAAUCAUUACCUCCACCAGUUCCACAGGGUAUCUUUCAGUAGAGGAAGCUCCUAUGUGUUUAACGUGAUAGAUAGUCACCUAGAACCAGUACCAUUAGGAGAGUUCAGGCACAAUAUGAUGAAUACUGCUAUGUUGGGCAAGCACACAACAAAAGAGUAUAUGCCAUGUUGUGACCAACUGUAACCAAGUUACCGAAGCUCUGUGUAUAGAUGGCAUUAACUAGAACACCCCUACACCUCCCCAACUUUCCACUUUUAAAAUGACGUAAGAAUGACUUGAUAAGAGAAGCACAAUAUGAAAAGGUACCAAAAACAAUGUUAUUAUAUAUUGUUUUAUAUCAUUUAUUGUACUGUAAAAAGUUUUAUCAGUGGCCAAGUUGUAUAAUAUUUAAAAUAGCAGUGUAAAUAGUGAAUAGCACAUAUAAAAAAAGGACAUUUAAGAUUUGAAAUUCUGAAGAAAAAAAUAUUUGAUUAUGUAUUGAUGAAAAAAGACGGCCUUUUUCGCAGAAUGCGUCUGUGACUGAAGCUCUCAAAAUCUGGUCUCAAUAUAUUGUUUUCUUUAUUCUAUCUUCAUGGGUGAGAGUAAGAAGAGUGUAUCGAAACGAGUAUUAUUAUGUUUUGCAAUGAAAUACCUUGUUUUAGCUUCCCUUUGAAGUGUAACCCUUGCUUUGUAUUUUGCUCUCCAGUAUUGCUGCUCAGCAGAGCUAGUGCAUGAUCAGUCUAUUGGAGCUCAUACUAAACAUAGAGAUAAAAGUGUUGAAUUCAUAAUUAAAACCCACAUGCUUCAAACAAAUAACCAUAUCAUAUGGCAAGAAGGUAGAUUCAUACUAAAGUACAAUUUGAUUCCUUUCAUUUUGCUUGUUUUGAAAUUGAAAACUGAAAUAUCUGGCUGAAAUGACUGGUGGAAAGUUUUAACUCAAGUAUGUUGUAACCUGUUUGAAAGAAUACCACCUAUUAUUGAUGGAAACAAAAUCCUCUUUGAGUUUUAUAUGAACUCACAAUGAGCUACCACAUAAAAUAUUGAUUUGCCUUUUGUAAAAUAUUUAUUAAUAAAUUUUCUAAUUGGUAUUCAAUUGAAAGUAGCCAAAGUAAUAUAAUAGGAGUAAUAAAAAAAAUAAGCACUGCAUUUCAUUGUUUAAAAUGAGUUUGAAUAUAAAUGUUUCUUGGUUUUCCAAUAUUUAUAAUGUUAUGAAUAACACUUUUGUGAUAAGUUACAAGUAUUUUUAUUUACAAAAAGCAACACUCCAUUUCAGCUCUCGGAGGCAGCACCUGACUAAUAUGCACAAGCAAUUAAAUAAAAUUGCUCAUUUUCCAGUGAUUAAUGUGGACGGACCUUAGUGAUAUGUUGUCGUAAAAGUAAUUUGGAAGGAUUUCAGAUUGCUACCUGUAACGGGAAGAAAAAAGACUCAGGAGGAAUUAAUUUUUGUAUAACUUGUAGAUGAACUAGGUGAUACAUGUAUCUCUUUAUUGACUUCUUUUAUUGUUACUAAAAAUGAACGAAUCAUGGAAUGAGCCUGUCAUCUUUUUUUUCUUAUCUUUUUUUCUGAUUAUAGUCAAGAGGAUUUGAUUUGAUCUUGAAUUGUGUCUGAUGAAAGAAAUGCUGUGUCUAUUUUUUUAUACAUCAAGUCUACCUACCUAAACCGAAUCUGUUUUCAUGUACCUUCAUAAAAACACAUGUCUUCAUCAUUCUUCAUGAAUUUCUUUUGUCUACAAUAGAGGCUGCAUACAUGAAUGCUGCAAUGUAUAAAGUGACUGAGGAUUUGUUAUUUUGAACGAUGUGUGAGAGUAAAAAGGCUAUUUUUUAGAUUUGAGAUGGACGGGGAGUUCAGUUUUGAACUUCACAGCUGCUCUAUUUCUUUAUUUCAGAUUAUUUCUCUUCAUGAACAUUUGUGGCCCGUUACAGCACAUGUGUUAGGCUGAAUUUCUACUUGUUUGUAUCAAUUAAGCUAAAAUUGCAGUUCAACAAUUUAUGAUAUCCUUUUGACAUAUAUAUUAUUGGUGUGAAAAUCUGCUCAAGUUUCAAUGGUUUUCCAAAUAUUUUCGUAGUAGCUUUAGGAUUGUUGUUUUAGCAGAAAAUUGUUUUGUCUGCAACUUGGAGGUGUUUUUUUUGACAAUGUUGAUAGAUAAUAUUUAUUAAGAUCAAAAGACCAAUAAGUUGCAUCAAUGCACUUCUGAAAAAAAUCUUUCUCUUGUAAAUUCCCCUUUUUUGCCCUUAUUUUCUAAAAGAAAAGGACCAACCCAUAGCGAAGUAUUUCCAUUAAUAUAUAUAUACAUAUAUAUAUAUAUACCACCCACUUUUCACAAACACAUCAAUUGAUUAUGUAUGCCAUAUUUGAUGAUUAUGAGAUGCUUAAGCAAUGUGUUUAAGGAUUAGAUAUGAAUUGAAGUUAUGCCUUUUUAAAUAAUUUGCAAAAGCUCCACAAUCAAUAAUUAGAUAUGACUUAAAGUCAUGCCUUUUUAAAUGCUUGAUUGUCAGAAGAAAAAAAGUGCAUUCACCAAGUAGUUUUGGGUUUAAAAAAAAAAUCAUUUCUGGUACAUUUUUUAUAAAUUUGUGAUGUUUGCUGGAGGUUCUUUAAGAUGCUAGUGCUGGAAGUGGUCAUGGAGGUCGUUUGUUGCCCAAGUUGUUGGGCAUCUCUUUUGUCCUUUGCCUAUUGUUGUCACAUGGUUCCAAUUUGAACGUGGAGCCAAGAAGGGAUAUGAAUCAGGAACUAUAGGGUUUCUUUGUGGCAUGGACAGCUCAUGGUUGGUUCCUGGAAUGUAGACAUUCUUGAGACAGUGGACAUGUUUCUGUUUAAGAAAUGUCGUUUAUCCCUCCUUUCUCACGCCCCUACUUUCCUCACAUUGAAGUUAAGCUUUAGAGAAACAUAAUGGAAGCCGCAUGAUUAAUGCUCUAAGCAGGGACAAUUUCAAAUCCACUUUGUCCUUUCAAAUCUGUAAAUCUGCGGAUAAGAAUAAUUAAAAAACAAUAAAAAUAUUCCAGUUGUGUGUAGAGAUAUGACUUUCUGUAUGUGCUGACAAAGUGUUCUGGAAAUCAUUUCCCUAUAGCUUUAGUUUGCAGAUGAAAUUGCCUGGUGUCAUUUUACACAAAAUUGAAUGCAUUUGUGGCUUCAAACAGAUGACUUUUUUAAACAGUAUUCUCUCUUGAAGGAAUAAUACAAAUAAAAAAUAAAAAAUUGGAAAAAAGGCAAAUCAUCUACAUCAUAACAUCCAGAGACAAGUAUUAUUUGAAGAAAAUAUACUGUACCAUAUCAGUUUGAAAUUACAGUAAUCCAUGGUUCUCAGCUAUACAUGAACAAUCCAUUAGGCAUUAGUUUAUCGUUGCAUCCACAUAUUUCUCUAAUGGUUGGAUGCAAAUGUACACGUUAGGGUUGGAAGGCAGGAAAUGAUGCAUCCUCGAGUGACCGAACACAACACCGAUAGAUUCCUCCCUUGUUUUACUCCCAUGUUGUGAUGCGAAGGAAAGGGAGGUGUGAGAUAACGCUUCUGGGUCGUAAAUUUGAAACGAUUAGAGCCGAAACUGAUCCCGCUAUGAAUUCUGUAUCAUUUUACCAUGAUAUACCAUAUCCCUCCAUUUGGAUGAUUUGCUUCUAUUUUGAUCUAUAAAAAGCAAAUAAAAACUAUUAUCUCUUUCUCUUUUUUGUCAUAUUCCUCACUUAUAUUCAUGGACUCUAAUGAGUGUGCUUAUGAAAGUAAAAUAGAAAUAAUACCUACCAAAUUGGCAUAGCAGAGGAACCUAUUUUUACCCAAUUACUAUACUUGAUUCCAGUGUUUGAUCAGCUUUUUCUAUAAAUUUACUAUGCUGAAAUAUAGUCCUUAUUCUUGUAAUAUUUACUAGAUAAAAGAGUGACCUGUUCUGAAGAAAAAAUGCUUAGAAGUUUGGAAUAUUGGUGAAUUUUUUACUUGCAUUUAUAUCAUGUUAAUAUCAAAAAUAAUAUAAAUGAAUUUAAUUUAAUUUAACUGUUACUAGUCAUUAAACUAAAUGUAAAUUUUUGAUUACAGUCAUUUUUCAAUUGCACAAGUCAUGAUAAAUGUGAACAAGUAUUGAAUAUACUAAACUCACAAGUAUAUUUCUCUUUUCCAAAACCAGCUGAUUGGGACACAGGGUAUUUUCUUUCAUUUUUUAAAAAUUCCAAUUCCUCUGGUUUAUAUCAGAUUGAGAAAACUUGUAAAUAUAACAUGGAUCCUUAGGCUGGAAUACAAAUGCACAAAGUAGAAUUGACUUAUCAAAGACUUCAGAACUAAUACAGGCUUUAUCCAUCCCUUUUGUUAGAUAUUUAUACUAAAUACAUACACAUGCACAAAUUGAUGUCACCUUCAUAGUAAUAUUUUUCCUAUUAAACACAUUUUGUUUUAACUGAUUAAUUAUGUCUGUUAUCUCUCUUAUCAUACUGAUCCAUAGAAUGAUUAAUGAUUUAAGGUCAUUUUUCCCUCUUUUUUGUUUUUAAAAUCAUAAAUUUGGUGUUACAUUGAGCAUAAAACUGGAUGACUCUUAUCAUUUUGUACCCUGUUCCUUUAAUUCCUCUCUUCAGCAACAACAUUUAAGGAUGAUAGAUGGAUGAGGGUUUCAAAAAGGGGGAUGAUCUUGAUAGGCCCCAAUAAAAAUGUCACAAAAUGAUGCAUGGGAGAGGUUGCUAUUAGAAAGGAAUAAUGAAUUGAAAUUAGAAUGAUUAAAUGUUACGCGUUGAAAGGGCCUCCCAUUAGAGCCGAUGUAUACCAAUGCACGCUGCAGUAUGCAAUCAUGUAGGUCAAGAUAUGUUGAAUGCUUUUUGUAUGGUCCCAUCAAUAUUCUUUCUUGGCACUGAUUAUUGAGAAGUCGAUUUGUAAGUGUGUUAUAGAAGUGUGGGAUCAACCUAGAUCCUCGAAAAGAAAUGAUAAGAAACAAGUAUUUUCACCUUAAAAAAUGACUCCUGUAGAAGCAUAUUUUCCUAUCAUUUCCCUCAAGUUUGUGUUGUUGUGUCUAUUCUUGUUUGUAUUCUUUUAGAUAUCUGAUCAAUCACGUAAUGUAUUUUAAUUUGUAGAUUUGCCAAAUUUGUCAACUAGUAUUUUGAAUGUACUUCAUUGCUAAGACUAUAGCUCACUGUAAUGUUUAUUGGUUGGUCAAUCAGGAAAUGAAUGUAUUGGACUGAAAUAGGUAAAUUGAUGAAAAGAUAAAUUUUAAGAGUGUUGUAAAAUGUGUUGCUUGUAUUGGACUUACUCUGAUAGAUUUAUCUGAAAUUGUAUUUCUAAAUUAUUCUUAUUUUCAUUACUAUCAGUAUGUAAUUGAGUAAAAAUCAAUAUAUGUGUAUAUGAUAAAUGGCAGGAGAGAGAGUGAGAGAGAGGAGACAGAAAGAUGAUCGAGUGAAAUAGUAACGAAUUUGUCAGGUCUAUUUUUCAGUUGAAUUUAGCCAAAGAGAAUAGUAGAAUCUAAGGUAUAGAAACUGGGCUGAAAUAAUUAAAGACAACAAAAUGGCUGAAAUGGUUUUAAAUAUAAAAGGAUAUUUGUUUUAUAUGAAAAAAAUGUUUUGUGUGUAAAGUUCUAUGUAACUACUGAGAACAAAAUUUUGAUAUUUUAAACUUGUAUGUGUCGUGAUAAUUCAGUGGGUCACUUGAUCCACUCUGUUUAAAAAAAAAAAGAUACAUAAAUUUAUUCCUUUAUUUGAUCUCUGUCUCUUGUUUUUGACAUUCACUUUUGUUUAAGUAGGAUGGAAUGAUGUAGAGAUGUAGGAAUGAAACUUGCUAAAAACUGAACCUGUCUUCAACAUCUGUGUGAAUCUAAUACAGAUAUAACCUCUCUAUUUUUAUAGACUCAAACUAUUGUGAAAAGCACACUUCAAGUCGUUUCUUAUUAACAGUGUAAUAUAUGUCUGUCAUUUCUUUUUCUCCAGGGAGGAAUAAAUGUUUAAAAAAUCAUGAAUGGUGUGACAGAAAAGAAAUAAAGGAAGAAAUGAUUGUUUGCAAAUUUACCUCAGAUUUUGCUACUGUGAAAGAUUAAAAUAUAUGAUUGACUUUGAAAACAUAAAGUGUACUAUUGCAACAUAAGAGGAGUUUGUGUUGGCAUUGUAGCGAGAAAUAGUUCUCCUACUUUGUAACCAAAUUCCAGCACCAAACUGCUGUAUAAACUGCAAACUUAAUUCACAUCAUGCACAUACAAAAGCAAAGCACAUCAGUGCCACUUUUAUAUAUGUGUGUAUUAUUGUACAAGCCUCUUUGUUUACACCUUUAUUUUCCCCUUUAUGUAUACAUGUACAUCUAACAAUAUUUCCUAUUCUUUUCCUCAAAUUUAUGUACAGAGGUAUUUCCUUUUUCUCUUUUUUUCUUUGUUGUUUGACUUGAGACCAUAUUUUGUGCUAUACUGUUAUUAAAAGGGCCAGAUGGAAAAAAAUGAAAA